GCGCAUGCGUGCGCGCAGAACGCGCAGGCGCCACCUAGAAGUGACUUCUCCAAAAAGUGUCUUAGUUCCCGGUCACCUGAGCGCCCGGCGACUGACUGCGGUGGCCUCCCGGAUACACGCCCUCCGUGCCUGUCUGGAGACACUUCCCUCUUCCUCCUGCCCAUCUUCUCUGUCCCCUCGAACCCCCUAAAGGCCUGUCCUUUUCCUCCUCUUCUUUCCCAGUUUCGGCCCGAACCGGGCCGAGCCGGGCCGCCCGGGCGCGGUCCCUGACCAUGGCGUCUCUCUUCAAGAAGAAAACCGUGGACGAUGUAAUAAAGGAACAGAAUCGAGAGUUACGAGGUACACAGAGGGCCAUAAUCAGAGAUCGAGCAGCUUUAGAGAAACAAGAAAAACAGCUGGAAUUAGAAAUUAAGAAAAUGGCCAAGAUUGGUAAUAAAGAAGCUUGUAGGGUUUUAGCCAAACAGCUUGUACAUCUGCGAAAACAGAAAACAAGAACUUUUGCAGUAAGUUCAAAAGUGACUUCUAUGUCUACACAAACAAAGGUGAUGAAUUCUCAGAUGAAGAUGGCUGGAGCAAUGUCUACCACAGCAAAGACAAUGCAGGCAGUGAACAAGAAGAUGGAUCCACAAAAGACAUUACAAACAAUGCAGAAUUUCCAGAAGGAAAACAUGAAAAUGGAAAUGACUGAAGAAAUGAUUAAUGACACACUUGAUGACAUCUUUGAUGGCUCUGAUGAUGAAGAAGAAAGCCAAGAUAUUGUAAAUCAAGUUCUUGAUGAAAUUGGAAUUGAAAUCUCUGGAAAGAUGGCCAAAGCUCCGUCAGCUGCCCGAAGCUUACCAUCUGCCUCUACUUCAAAGGCUUCGAUCUCUGAUGAAGAGAUUGAACGGCAACUCAAAGCCUUAGGAGUAGAUUAGUCAAAAAAGUCAUCAUAUUUUUGCUUACUUACAGUUAUUUAGGAUAAAGCAAGCACGGUGCAUAUUCCUUUUACAAAACACAUUUAUUUUGAAAAAUGAAGACCAUAAAUGAACAGUUGUUUCCUAUCCUAUGGCUGUUUUGAAUCUUUUGCCAAAGAAUGACAAUGAUAUACAAAUGGAAACAGUUUGAAUUUUAAUUAGAACUACUUAAGUAAGAGUGGUGAUGUGUAAAAAGUUGACUUCUUUUCUGCAUGGCAUAGAGAAAUUAUAUCUUUUAUUUAGUGUCAGUUCAUGUUCUAAAUAUUUUCACACUGAAUACAAAAUUCUUGUUAAAUGCCACUAGGCACCAACUUCAAAAGACUUGUAGAAAUAAUAAAAGCAUAUCGCUAAUUCUGUUGGGUUGGCCUUUGUAAACAGUUAUAUUUUAUGACCAUAGAUGGUUCAGCUGCCAAAUUAUUUAUAAAUGAUCUAAAAGAAGAGUGCUAUUUAAACAUCUGUCUUAAAAACUGUCAUUGGCUUUUCUUUUCUGUUUUUGUUUUUCUUUUCCUUUGGGAGAACAUUCUAGUUGGUAAGUUACUACCUUUCAAAAUAUGCUUGGCACCUGCCUUACAUAGCACAUAUUGUGCACAUCUUUAAAUUACUUUACCUGGCAGAAAAGAAUUAGUUUUAAAUAAAAAUUGAGAUUGCGUACAACUAUUCUGGCUGUCUUGUAUAUCUUACAGAAGUGAAUUGAAUUUAAUUAGCAAAAAAAAAAAAAACUGAAGUAAUAAUACUUAUUGUAAUAAAACAGUGUAUUUGAUCUAUCAA